CUGUAAUAAAGUUAUUUUGUCUGUAAAGCCAACAAUUUCCGAAAUAUAUCAAUUGUUCGAUAAAUUCGUAUUAUAAAGUCAAAAAUCAACUAUUUCUUAAGUAUAUGCUAAUUCCUAACAAUAACAACUCAGCGACAAUAAACAGCUAAUUAGGUGUUUGUGCUUACGAAAGGAUAAUUCUAAUCUAUGAUUGUCCAUUCAUACUAUCAAUGAUAGAUAUGUUAAUAACAUACAACGUUUCUACUUUAAAAGCUCUUAUUACUAACAACUUGCUGAAAAUAUACUUUAUAAUAGAUUAUAUAACGUUUUUUGUAAACGUUAUAUAAAAAUACGUAAAAAAUAUAUACCUGCAUUACGCCAUUUUGCAGAUCAAUAUAGCAGUUUAUUUGACUUACAGAUGGCGUUCUGCAAAAAGGGAAUUGAAUAAACUGUGCAUGAAAAUUAUUAUAUAUAAAUGAGAUAACUGUCACGAUUAUUCCCAACCAAUAGUUUUAAGACAACUUGAAAUUUCAAACCAAUAAGCUGUUUGCAAGUGUCAUGGGUAAAAUGUUUCUAAAGAGAUACGUUGCUUUCUAGUAGACGUUCAAACUUUAAACGAUGAAUAUGCUACUAUUAUUUAGCAUCCUUUUCACGACAGUUUGUUCAGAAAGAAAAAUAUGGUUCUUAGAGGAGUUCAAAAAUGAUUCUUGGGAAAGAACAUGGAUUAAAUCAGACGCUCUUGGAGAAGCAGCCGGAGGUUUUGAGCUUGGAACUCCAGAGUAUUAUGGAGAUCAAGACAGAGAUCGAGGCUUAAAAAUGAUAGAUGAUAACAAAUUUCAUGCAAUAUCAACACAUUUUACGCCCUUUUCCAAUUUAAAUGAAACGUUAGUUAUUCAGUAUCAAGUAAAGUUUGUCGAAGAUAUCGAGUGUGGUGGGGGAUACAUUAAGCUAUUUCCAGCUACCUUAGAUCACAGAGCCCUUAACGGCUCCUCUCCUUAUUUUAUCAUGUUUGGUCCAGAUAUAUGUGGUCAGGAAACAAAAAAAGUUCAACUUAUUUUCCAUUAUAAGGAAAAAUAUCACGCAAAUAAGUACAAUAUUAGCUGUGAGAAUGAUGGAAAAACACACUUAUAUACAAUGGUUAUGUAUGCGAAUAAGACCUAUAAAGUGAAAAUUGACAAUCAAGUGAAGCACGAAGGAAUCUUAGAAGAUCAUUAUGCAUUUUUGCUUCCUAGAACUUUACCGGAUGAAAAUGCUACUAAGCCUUCCUACUGGGAUGAAAGAGAAUACAUAACAGAUCCCAAUGACACGAAACCCUCGGAUUGGGAUGAGAAUCAGUUAAUUCCUGAUCCAGAGGCUGAAAAACCAAAAGAUUGGGAUACAGAAAUGGAUGGAGAGUGGGAGCCACCUAUGCAAGAAAAUCCAAAUUAUAAAGGCAUCUGGAAACCAAGAGAUAUGAAAAACCCUAACUUUAAAGGAAAGUGGAAGAGACCCACUGUACCAAAUCCGCUUUACGCCCCAGAUCCUCAAUUACUGAAUUUUGAAGAAAUUGGAGGAAUUGGAUUUGAACUGUGGCAAGUAAAGGGAGGAUCCGUUUUCGAUAACAUAUUAUUAACAAAUGACGAACAAUAUGCCGAAGAGCAUGGGGAAGCUAACUGGAAACCAAUGUCUGAAGGCGAAGAUGAAAUGAAGCAAAAGAAAGAGGCUGAAGAAGCCAGUAAAGCUGAAGAAGAACAAGAGGAAGAACCAGAAGAGCCACCAGAAGAUUCAGAAUAUGACGAAAAUUACGAUGACUAUGACGACGAUUACGAACAAGGUGAUGCUAAUUAUGAUGAUGAGGAAGAAUCGCACACUGAUGAAGAUGAAAAAGAUAAAUGGAAGAGAAAGUUACCUUCAAAAGAGGAGGAAGAUGAAGAAGUAGAAGAGAUUGUUGCUGAUGAAGAUAAUGAAAAUGCCGAGGAUGAAGAAUCUGAUGGAAAGGGUAUUGGACAGAAGAAGGAAAAGAAGAGAAAGUUAUCCAAAAAAGGAAAAAUUUCGGACGAGAUGGAAAAUGAGGAAGCUGAUAAAGAGUCAGAAGUUGCUGAUGAGUCAGAGGAACCAGAAAAUGAUGCAGAAAAUCUUCCACCAGAGGAAGAAGAGGAAGAAAGGAGACGGCAUGGUAGAAGACGACGUCAGAUAAGAAGACCUAGAGGAGACCGAAAGAGAAUGAUGAAUAGAAGAAUGAGAGGCAGAAUGCCAAUGGGCAGGAGAGAUAGAAAUAUGAGAAGACUAAGACGAGAGAGAAUGAGAAUGCGACGAAAGUUAGGCAGGAAGAAGAGUCGUGAAGAGUUAAAAAAAUAAAAAGUAUUUAAAAUUAAAAUAAUUUUUAUGUCGUUUUCAGUUCUAUUUAAUGUUGUUAUUUUGGAGUUUUUUUUUAAUUAAAUAAAUUAAAUUAUUGUUUAAUCUUAUAUUAAAACUUUGACAAUAAAUAACUCUUAAAAGAGC